CUUUUUCCACAUUAGCUUUCUGAAUUUUGUGGAAUCUCUAUUUGUCCCUCUAGCUAGUUGCUAAUCAAAUGUCCUUUGAAGAACUUAGCUUGUGUCAUUCAUACUUUUGAAUAGAAGAUGAUAUGCAAUCUUUUUUGCUUAGUUUUGUGUGUUGAUUAUUUAUGUAAUUGUUCUAGUCUGGGUUUGCGGCCUACAAAAGGAGUGCUUCUUCAUGGGCCACCUGGCACAGGAAAGACUGCUUUGAUUCAAAAUAUUGCACGUGAUACUGGUGUCAACCUUUUUACUGUGAAUGGACCCAAAAUUAUUAGUCAAUAUUAUGGAGAAAGCAAGCAGGCUUUGGUUGAGGUCUUCAAUUCAGCUAGACGAGCAACACUAGGAGUGGUAUUCAUCGAUGAGUUGGAUGCUAUUGCCCCUGCACGUAGGGAUGGAGGUGAAGAGCUGUCUCAGAGAAUGGUUGCAACUUUACUGAAUUUGAUGGAUGGAAUUUGCAGGACUGAUAACCUACUUGUCAUUGCUGCAACAAACAGGCCUGAUAGCAUUGAGCCUGCACUCCGACGGCCUGGUAGACUUGACAGGGAGAUUGAAAUAGGUGAUCAGAAAUCUAAGUUCCUUAUUUCCUCAAGCUCUUACAAAAAAAUGAUUAUUUUCUGCUUGACACUCCAUGUUAUUGUUCAGUCUUUAUGGCAUGAGGUUGAUUUUUAACCUAAAAAUGUGUUGUAGUCAU